CGAAGAAUUGAAUCCGCAAAUGAUCAAUUAGGAAAUGAAUGGGCAGAAUUGGGGAAAAGAACUUUGAAAAGGCAAAGAAGUUUAGAAGAAGCAUUAAUUCAAAGUGGACAUUUUGAUGAAGUUUUGGCUGAAUUACUUGAAUGGCUUAAAAAGGAAUUACCUCCAAUUGAGAAUGAACUUUUGACACAAAAUUAUUUUGGCGAUAUUGAUACAAUGAAUACUUUAAUGAGAGAGCAUUUUGAGUUAGUAGAACGUGCAGAUACAAGAAAACCAAAUGUUUUAAAAGUCCAAGAACGAGCAAAAAAAAUUCUGGCUUCAAAAGGUGGAGAUCCUCAAGAAUUGGAUAAAUUAGCUAUUUCGCUGGAAACACUCGACGGGCAAUGGAAACGUUUAGAAAGUUCUAUUGCCGAAAGAGAUCGCCGAUUUACAGCAGCAUUGAAGAAGGCUGUUGAUUUGUCUGAAAUGAUGCAUGAACUAGGUACUACUCUUCAAGACAUUGAGGGCCGAGUUCGCCGUUUAGGAUUACCUUGGGAAGAACAAGAUGUUUUAACAGAACAAAAUCAGUUAGAAAAACUCCAAAAAGAAUUUAUGUCAGAACAUCCAACAUUAGAAAAGCAAUUAGAAUUAGCUAGAGAACUUCAAUCUCGUAGCCAUCCACGUGCAGAAAAACCUUUAAAAGAAUUAAUAACAACAGCAAAUACUCGUUGGGAAUCUUUGGAUGCACUUUUAAAUGAUAAAUCAGAAAAGUUAAGGUUAAGAUUGGAGGAAAUUCGUAAACAUGAAAGACAACAGAAUGAUUUAUUUAAUUAUUUAGAAGAAAAGCAAGGGCAAUUAGAUUAUUAUAGAGGAGAAUGCCAUGAUGAAGGUCAGCAAGCACGAUUACAAACAUUAAUUGACGAACAACAAAUGUUUAAAUCAGAUUUACAACAACGUCAACCAGAAUUCGAUGAAGUAAUGAAAAUAGCUGCUAAAAGACGUUUACAUAGUGGAAGACAUUCUGAUAAUUUUGGAAUUCUUAGUGGAAAUAAGGGAGGAAUAAAUAAUGAAGUUGAAGAAAGGAAAGAUGAAACUGACCAACUUCUAUCACCUCUUCUUUCUCCUUCCAAAUCUUCCCCUAAAAGAGGAGCAUCUGCUGCCAAACAAAUUAAACUUCAAGAAAAAUUACAACAACAAGAACAACAACAACAAUCAUCACUAUUACGCCAACAAAAUAAAACAAAAAGUGAAAUUUUGGGAGAUUCUUGGAGGAAAUUAUGGGCAGAUUUACGUUUAUAUGAAGAACAUUUAAAGCAGAGAAAGGCUCAUUUGGAUGAAAUUGAUAGAUUGAAGAACUUUACUUUUGAGGAAUGGCGUGAACGUUAUCUUGCUUGGAAUGAUCAUGGAAAAGCUAGAGUUUCUGAUUUAUUCCGUCGAAUAGAUAAAUUGGGUACUGGACGUGUACCUCGACAACAAUUUAUUGAUGGAAUAAUUUCUUCAAAAUUUCCAACAACUUUAUUAGAAAUGAAUAAAGUUGCCAAUGAAUUUGAUGGAGGGGAUGGAUUAAUUUCUUCAAAAGAAUUUAUGAAUGCUUUGAGAUAUGAUCCAAAUAAAAGAAUACCUCCAAAAAGUGAAACAGAAAGAAUACACGAAGAAAUUGCUAGGGAAACGGCUAGAUGUACUUGUGUUAGACGUUUUCCUAUUUUACAUUUAAGUACAGAUAAAGAUAAGGUCCAAUAUGGUUUUGGUUUUGGAGGUUCUAUGAAAAGAAUGGUGAGAAUUCUACGUAGCACGGUUAUGGUUCGUGUUGGUGGUGGUUGGGAAGCUUUGGAUGGAUUUUUGUCAAAACAUGAUCCAUGCCGAGCUAAAGGCCGUAUAAAUGUCGAUUUACUUCCUUUAACUUCUGAUUAUCAUUUGAGGCCUAUAGGUGCUAUUGAUGCUAUAGGGGAAUUUCAUAGAAAAGAAUCAACAUCUUCUAAUUCUGGUAUUGGUCCUAUUGCACAACCUUCUUCUUCAAAUGUUAUUGAGAGAGUUCUUGGAUAUAGUCCUGGACAGCCUGGGCCUAUUAUGAAGAUACGAGAAAAAACUGAGCGUUCAUUGCCAAUGUUCAAAAGAUCAGCAGAUAAUAAUAACGGGUCUACUAUUUCUAUUCCACAACUAAAACAAUCACAAUCCGAUCAUUCCUCAAUUAUUGAUGAUAUUUAUGGUUCUUCUCGCAUUCCCCGGCCUGCAAGUUCUCGACAAGGAGGUUCUGACAUUGCUUCUACCCCUUCCAGACCGGCCAGUAGAUCCUCUGAUAUUGGAUCUGAUAUAAUUACAAAUCAACCUAAAGGUGUUCGUUUUACGGGAAUUAAUACACAAAGUUCAAGUAGCAGUGAACGUAUUCCUUUCAGGCCUUAAAAAUAAAUUUAACAAAUAUUUUGAAAUAUUUUUUAAAUUCCUCUAUACAAAUUCUCUCUCUAUAAAAUAUUGCAUGGUUUUAAAUUAAGUGCAUUAUUCUUAUUAUUGUUUCUGUUUUAAAUUGUUUUUCUUAAAAUAAUUAUUUUAUAUUUAUUUCAUUUUUUAAUUUUUGACCAAAAAAUAUUUAAAAUUUAAAAGAAGAGUAAAAUUAUUUUAUAUUAUUAUUAAUUUAAAAAUAUUAUUUUUUUUGUUUUAUUUUUUAAAAAAAAGUCAGUGCCUGUUGUCCUUUCCCUCUUUAUUUUUCAUUUCUUUUAAUGCUCAUCAAUUUAUUUUUGUU